UUCAACCUACGUUUCAAUACGGUUUCUCUCUGUGGUUUAUACGUUUCGCCAUCGUAGAUCUGUAUACACGUUGUUACUAAUGGCGCUCAGUCGUUAGUCGGGUUGCGAUAAAAAGAAAUUUACUUCUCGCGAUUUAUCGUGAGAAGCGUAGUAAAAAUAUCUGGCGUCCAAGUAACGUGCUUUUCUUUUUCUCUGUUCUGCCUUCGUGGCAGUGAGUCGCUUGUUUCGGGCGUUGUUAAUACGUGUUCUUGCUAAAAUCCCGGCGCAAUAGAAUCCAGAAUCUCGGAGCUUCGUUUCUCGUCGCGUCGAUCCAUGCAGCUACGCGAGAUCAAGUGGAAAGGAAACGUGGAACUAUAUUCGGUGGGAGGCGAGUAUAUUGAGUGAUUUGCCGAAAGUGAAGUUGAUAUUGCGUGGUGUUAUUGUUAAUGCGGAGGCUAGUAUAGUCUCUUACUCCGAAUAUGCUGUAAAACCGACGACUUUGUGUGUCUUGAAGGAAUAUAACAGACUAGUGUUAAAGUGGAUGUGAGUGAUACGGUAGACUAGUACGUGGUGAAUCGGAGGAGUAUUCACAGACGAAGAAGUCAAGCAAAAUGAUGGGAAAGAGAACGCAGUGUUACUUGUGCGAUCUACCCAGGAUGCCCUGGGCCAUGAUCACCGAAUUUUCGGAGCCCGUGUGCCGCGGUUGCGUGAAUUACGAGGGUGCUGACAGGAUAGACGCAGUAUUAGAAUCAGCCAAGCAAAUGAAGAAGGCACACGGUUUUCAUGAAGCCAGAUCCUCGACGUCGAAAGCAUACAGAACGACUGGUCACACCGAACAUAACGGCGGUGCUAAUUUGGACGUUCUACCGAUACAGAAUACCGGUCAGAAUCACUCGAGGCAUCACAAUAUCGCCGGUUACUCACAGCUUCAUCAUCGAAAUUCCAUCACUGAAUUCAACUCUGGCACAUCUAGGCAACAGAUCUCUCGUCAACAUGAAGAAACUCAUGAAAUCGCAAACGGCAUGAGGAGUAAUAACAUGAGGAGUAUUCCGAACGCCCACUUAGCCGCGGUGGCGCAUCACGUGAACCUUAGCCACAACAGAGGCAUCGCACAACUCAAGCGGGGUAUUUCCACCAUCGACGAGGACGAGCACGCAGAGAAGAGGCUUUCGCUGGAGGAACAACAUCCGGUCAGACCACCAUUAACUAGGGGCGAUUCCUUGCCAGCUGUAAGCCUUGCCGUUAGUUAUGUGCAGGAUAGAAGCAAGGAGAAGCAUCCUGUCAGAGCACCCAGUUUCGAGACCGCCACUACAUUCAAGGCCAAUGGUGCGUAUGUCGGUCCGUCUAUCCCAUUGGCACCAGCAAAUGUGGCGGCGAAUGGCGGAGGGUCCCCUCUUCGUCCACGAACGAGCCCUCCGCCGCCUCCGCCACCGGCCCAAGAAACCACAAACGACAAUUCACAGACGAAUCAUCACCAGGGUUCGUCGAAUGGUCCGUCACCAAUGGCCGCGCUCAUGUCCGUCGCCGACAACCUUGCGUCGCCAGAAUCAGUGCCACAACCACCGAACAAUCCGAGUCCAACCAGCAGAAGCCCACCGACCACGGCCACGAAUGCUCAGCAACGUAGUGCUUCUAGAGGAUCACAACACAGCCCGAACAGUUCAGGAUCCUCCGGUAGAAGAUCCAGUUGUUCCAGGCACGUUUCGUCGACGACAGUGACAACAUCCUCGGAAGGAGCGGUCGCGCAAGUUGCCGGAGCCGCAGAACAAGUCUCAGCGCCGAUACUGAAAUGCACCCUUUGUCAAGAACGUCUCGAGGACACACAUUUCGUUCAGUGUCCCAGCGUGCCACAUCACAAAUUCUGUUUCCCUUGCAGCCGAGAGAGCAUAAAGAGGCAAGGUGCUGGCUCGGAGGUUUAUUGUCCAAGUGGAGAGAAAUGUCCACUGGCGAACAGCCAAGUGCCAUGGGCGUUUAUGCAAGGGGAGAUAGCCACUAUCUUGGGCGACGACACCACAGGUUCUGGGCUUAAAGUAAAGAAAGAGAGAGAAACCUAAGGGGAUUCUCCGGCUGUUUAACAUGGGGCUCAAAUUUUGCACCCUCUUUGAACGAAGAGGGUUAAUUAUGGUGGAACCGUGAAGGUUCACCAAAAUAUACUUUUGGUAACGGUAAUAAAUGUUGGCAACGACGAUAUUGUCAACAUUAUUCGGUUCGAGCCAAAGACGUUGUCGGUGUAAAUUGGAUUAAUCACGAGGUUGUUGAAGUUGUUAUUGUUGUCAGGGAAAGUGGACGAUUUUGUUUCAGCGACGUGUUUCGCUGGCUUUUUGUUCACCGGGACAACCGAUUGUGUUUCGAUCGAUCGAUCGUUCGUUCGUUCGAUCGAAUUGAUUUGUCGACUGGUCUUGAGAAGGAAGUCUUUGGCACUUUUGCGCACGUUGCCGUCGGUCCUGCACACGUGUAUAUAAAUGGGAUUAUCGCAGAACGGUUAAUGUGCAAGGAAACAAAUGAAAAAAAAAAGAAAAAAAAAGAAAGAAAGAAACACAUGGAGUUUGUCGAAUAUAUAUAUGCGGGAAGGACAUAGAUGAAACCGCGGAGAGAUUUUUGUGUCCAGUUUUGGGUUUGUACUUAGGGCACGAUCGCCUUUCUUUAUUGUUUCUUGAGUCGCGAAUGUUUUCGCAAUUUUUUGAAGUACAACAACAACAUAUGCCGAAAUACGUUGCAUACACAUUUAGAAAACGUACGUACAUACAUACAUAAACACGCGCGCGUGUCGCGCAUGAUUUGCUUCAUAUAACAUACCCCACACAUGCACACACACGCGCGCGCGCUCGUCCGCGUGCUUGCAUAUAUGAAAUUAACCAAACACAAUGACGUAAAAAUUGAGAGCGGUUGUAUUAUACUUUAUUUUCACUCACGUUGUUUGUAUCACGUGAUCAUCGCGGAUUAAUCGAAGUUGAAAGUAUCACGCUUGGGAGUUGUAAAGCUCGCGUCGGAUAAAUCCCCGACAGUUGUUCUUUUCUAAUCUUUUAUUUGUAUACUCUUUCUACUACUACCACUACUACUCUACUACUACUACUACUACUACUACUUACUACUACUUACUACUAC